UAUUGUGAUAUGAUUUACUCCAUAUCGCCCAGCCCUACUAAAUCUGAUAAAGUAAGACAAAUGCAUUGCUGCUUAUCCGACUUUCUUCUACUUUUAAUUGAUAAGCUGAGGUCAGUCAUGGAAAAAAAAUAUUCAUGUAGUUAUGAAUAAAGUUCAGGCAAGCCCAUAAAGCUAUUUUGAUCAGUGAAUGGAACACUUUUUAGAGGAAGUUAAAAAAAAAAAAAAAUCUGGGUAAAAGACACAGACAAGAUGAGCAUCAACAACUGACAAGACUAACGUAAUAAUACCACUACAUGUAUUAUUAUUAUUAAGUACACCCAAAAAUACUCUACAGGACAUAAACUAAUAAAGCAAGUAACAAACAGUGAGCUUCUUUGUAAGCUCCAGAAUAGUGAGUAAACUAGGUGAAAAUAGCCCUCAACUACAGUAAUUAAGACCUCAAAAUAGCUUUACAGCAGUUAUUGUUUGGGAAACUGAUGAUACUAAACUGUCUACAUUGAAAGCAGUGAAUGAAUGAAAAGACUUGGUUAAAAAUGGCAUUAGAGUUAUUUAAAACCCCCAUUGGGGAACAAGGGUCAAUUGUGCUGCCACAACCCCUGGAGCAGGCAGCAGAGGACGUUGGGAGCCGGCCGCCGAUUGGUCAAUCGGACAGAAAAGGGCGGUCCGCAUGAAUUAGUGACAGACUCUAAAGGCAGAUAUCCAGCAGUGAUCAAACCCUGGGUGAUCUGACAGUCCAGUGUUUGAAGUGAUUAUCAUGCUACGCAACAUAAAGGCUUACCCCCAGCUUUGGGCCUAAUUAGUUCACUUAGGGCCCUUUAUAAGACUUUGGUAGGGGACUGGGAAGUACAGACACUCACUGAGAAGUCAGCAGGAUAGCAGCAGCAGCAGCAAGCAGAUCUGGAUCUUUAAAGUUCACUUGCUGCUACAACCAAAACAAACCGAUCUGAAGAUUAACUGCUUUUUUCUGAGAAUGCCACAUUUAACUGACUGCAGUUACUACACGAUGCGGGACGCAACCAGAGCUUCAAAUGUACAGAGCCACCUGGAGAACUCCAAGUUCCACCUCCACCAGACCCAGAAUCAGCAGGUCAAGCAGUACCUGACUCUGGGCUCCAAGCUGGCCUCUUCGGCCGGGCAAGGCCACGCCGUUCCGCACCCGCACGCCCCCGGCCAGCAGCUGGCCACCGCGCCGAUCAUGAGGAACGGACACAUGGCCUCCGUCAGCGACGGCAGCAACCCCAACAGCCCCGUUACCCUGCUCACUAUGGCCAAUCACGACAGCGAGUUCCCGAUGGACGAAGUUAUUGACGACCUCAUUAGUCUCGAAUCCGGUUUUAAUGAUGGAGGCUUGGAUUGCAUGGAGUCUAACAUGAUGAUGCAAAACAAUGUGUCCCUCAGUGGCAGCAUGCUGGACCUCUACGGGGGUGAACCAGGUAUGAACGCCCCUAAUGGUGGAAUGAGUCCCACAUCUAACCCCACAAAGCUCACUGUAAAAAGGGAAUACGCAGAACACGACACAAGAGUGAUGGCCAAAGAGAGGCAGAAAAAAGACAACCAUAAUCUGAUUGAAAGACGGCGAAGAUACAACAUCAACUACAGGAUUAAGGAGCUGGGGACGCUCAUACCAAAGUCGAACGACCCCGACAUGCGCUGGAACAAAGGCACCAUCCUGAAGGCCUCGGUGGAGUACAUAAGGUGGCUGCAGAAGGAGCAGCAGCACGCACGGGAGCUGGAGAGCCGCCAGAAGAAGCUGGAGCAAGCCAACAGGAGGCUUCUGCUGAGGAUCCAGGAGCUUGAGAUCCAGGCAAGAGCACAUGGCCUCCCAAACAUGGCGUCAGCCUUGGGGACAGUUGAACUGUCCUCCCAUCUCAUCAAACAACAACAACAGCAGCAGCAGCAGCAGCAGCAGUCGUCCCCCCAGGCCCAGCAACCCCAGCAGCCGCCCCUCUACCAGGAGGACCCCAACAGCGACUACCUCCAGAGGAUAGCCGGCGUGCCGUCGUCCGUCCCCGGCGCCGCCGGCCCGCAGGACCACAUCCCCGUCGCCGACGGCUGCACCACGUUCUCCGACCCGCUGUCCCACUUCACGGACUUCUUCACCGCCUCCCUCAAGGAGGAGCACCGGCUGGACGAGAUCCUGAUGGACGACCCGCUCUCGCCGUUCGCCACCGACCCGCUCCUCUCGGCCGGCUCGCCCGGGGCCGCGUCCAAGGACAGCAGCCGCAGGAGCAGCUUCAGCUCGGGAGAGGGCGACGACCUAUAAAAGGGGCGUCCUCUUCAGUGACAGACUCUUGUUAUCUUCUCAUGACAACACAGUUGUGAUCCCCGGUGGGAAAGGGCAUACACAGAGCCUCUAAAAGACAGGCUCCCAACAUACAAUAAUGACCACUCACAGGGUUGCAAGUAAUUUAAAUGACAGCUAACACACCUGACAGUGCCCCUCAAAGUGCCACAUGUAUAUAAAGUAUAUAGAUCUUGUUCAUCAGGUGGGUGUUGGAGCUCGAUCGUUACCCAAAGCUUGCAUUCUCCAAAUCUCAGCAGGACCAGAAACAGCUCACAGACCUCCUGCUCCUCCACCUACUCUUUUUUUACUUUACUAUAGACAAUGAAUAUGUUUCUCUGCCUCCCGGACAGAGCAGAAACAGACUCACAAGAAAAAGGGAGACAUUUAUCAGCCUUUAAGUACAUAAUAUAAAUGACCAUGUCUACUGUUUCUCUUGGUAACCACUGUGGUAGCUGUACACUGUAACAUAAUGCAAAAUAAUGACUGAAAAUCUAACUUUUUAAAAAAAAAAAAAGAAAUGAAAAUACUACUACUUCACAGGAGGACUGUAAACAGCGAUGUGCCUUAUUCAAACUCCCGGUUGUGUCUUCAAAAAGAUAUGCGACUGAUGUACUCACCGCAAUGUCUAACAUGUCUUUGGUCUUGUCCGCGUCUUUUUAAGUGUUUUUGUUAAAUAAGUGCUUAUAUAUUUAUGUAUGUUUUUAAUCCAUGUAUUCCCGAAGAAGAUAUAUAUUAUUAUCUAACACUUUUUCUAUUCUUAGUAGGGGUGGGAAAAAUAUAAUAAACCCCUUUCUUUUUUGGUAUCCCUGA